ACAAGGCCGGAGACAUGAGCCAGCUGCGAGCCACAAAGCCCGGGCUCCUCGUGUGCGCGGCCGUAUGCGUCUGCGUUUUUCUUUAUUUACGGAACCCGACCCCUGAGGAAGCAGAGGAGGAACCCACCUAUCCGGCAGUAGUGGAAUGUGGCUUUUAUCCGGAUGAACUGUGUUCAGCUUUACUCGAAGGGAAAGGGGCCGCCCUCCAAAUCGCAAGAUUUUGUAAAAACCCUCAUGGUUCUCAAAUUCUUGCGCAUUUACGCACAUCAGGAAAUUGCUCUAGGAUUUCCCAGGAGUUGCGUUUCAUAACCAGACCCUUGUCUGCAGAAGAGGGCAAUUUCUCUCUGGCAUAUAUUAUAACAAUUCACAACGAGCUGGUGAUGUUUGCACAGCUUCUCAGAGCGAUUUAUGUGCCUCAAAACGUUUACUGUAUUCAUGUCGAUGAAAAGGCUCCGAAGAAGUACAAGACUGCGGUGCAAACCCUAGUGAACUGUUUUGAAAAUAUUUUUAUUUCAUCAAAGAGAGUAAGAGUGGCCCACACUGGCUUUUCAAGACUCCAGGCAGAUAUUAACUGUAUGAAAGACCUGGUCCGUUCCAAAUUCCAAUGGAACUACAUCAUUAACCUUCGCGGGCAGGAUUUUCCAAUCAAGACCAACAAAGAAAUCAUACAUUACAUCAGAAGCAAAUGGAAUGACAAAAACAUCACUCCUGGAGUAGUCCAACCACCGAACGUGAAAUCCCAGACAAGUGAAAGUCAUCCUGAAUCCACCCCUGAAGGAAAUAUCUACAUAUCUCCAAAUAAAAGAUUCAAGCACGAACCACCCCAUAAUUUAACAAUUUAUUUUGGAAGUGCUGACUACGUCCUGACCAGGAAGUUUGUAGAGUUUGUCCUGACUGACGCCCGCGCGAAGGACAUGCUUCGUUGGUCCAAAGACAUCCAGAGCCCGGAACGACAUUACUGGGUGACUCUAAACCGACUGAGAGAUGCCCCGGGAGCCACCCCAGACGCCGGCUGGGAAGGAGGUGUUCGCGCUGUGAAGUGGAGACACGAGGAGGGACGUGUUCAUGACGGAUGUAAAGGCCGCUACGUCCACGAGAACUGCGUGUAUGGCCUGGGAGACCUGCCGUGGAUCACUCGGUCGCCUUCUUUGUUUGCCAGCACAUUCGACUCGACAGACCCUCUGGUGGUGACAUGCCUGGAGCGGUGGCACCGGCUGCGGGUGCUGCGACAGGCAGAGGCCCCCGUGGAGCCACACUGGCGUUUCCCACAGGACAGUCACUUCAGCAGGAGACCGAGCGGCUGAGCGGGGAGCUGCCGAGUGUUUGCUUUCUUACUGCUACCGCCUGCUCCUGACUCGUAGUAAGAGAACUUCCAGCCAAAGAAGGAAGAAUGAGAAAUGAUGACUUGAUACAAGCUAGUUGUCAGAUGACUUUAGCAACACACUGUUGACAAGCCGUUCCUAUUAAUCGUAGGCCACUUCCCCAGCUUUGAGGAAGAAAUCACGAGAGGAAAGGUGACUCAAGGUACUGCUGGGGGCCCCAGACCCGCCAGAUGGUGGGCUGACUGCUCCCGUAAACAGUGGCUGCGACACUAGAUCCUGACUCAAGUCAGACAGGAACAUGUUAUCUCAGAGACCUGCUGUGGAUGAGGGUCUAAUGCAGAGUGAACCCACUGGAAACGAGACUUCGCUUGUCUCCAAUGGUGCUCUCUGGCUGCAAGCCAUGCACCUUCAUUCUGCUAAUCCUACAGAAACACAGAAGCGUCUACUUCCUUUGGGUAAAAUGAAACUAAUCGAGUUCAAACACACUUUCUUAAAAGGGCUGCCCUAUGUCUCUGGAGUCUCACGGAGCUAAUGGCACCAUCAACCCCGAUGGCUCCGUGCUACGUCUGAGCUGUCCCAUACUGAUGAACACAGCCAUGGCCACAACCACAGGGGGCUUCGGGGCAGCAGUGGGACUUUCCAGGACCACACGGCUAAGCAGGAGGAGCUGGGAUUUGGACCUGAGCAGGCAGCCUGGCUCCAGAGUCCAGCCUUACUCUAUGUGGAGUCAGACUCUCCCUGUGUUCAUUUGUAAAAACAAAAGUAAAUCGUAUGCAAAGAGAAUGUCUGAAACAUACCACUACAGAAUGUAUCUUUAAGGUGAUACAUGUAUCAGAUCUUGAGAUAAUUUCCCUUUUUGGGAGCAGAACCUUCUUGCUUCUAAUGCAGACUCUACUGUUCAAUUUUCCUACUGGUUUUCUCUAACACGUGAAAAAGUUCAAGGCUGCCUGUGCUGCGGGUUAUGUAGUUCCCUGAGGCUGAAUACUUCCAACGAUCCUAAUGAUGGCAAGAAAGCUAAAAUUGCCUGAAGAAGGUCAGAGCAUGAAAAAAAAAAAAUCAGCAUUCACAGACCCCUUCUGAAGAUACCCCUUUCUCUAACAUUCUCUCCUGUUUCCAUUCCAUCUCCCCACGAAAAGACAGCAGAAGAGCGGUGCCUGGCUGGCUUGGUCAGUGGAACAUGCCACUCUUGAUCUUGAGGUGGUGAGUUGAAUCCCUAUAUUAGGCUUACAGAUUACUUAAAAAAAACCCCAAAACCCAGCAUGAAUGUAAAUUUUUGUUUCACUUCUGACUUUAAAAUAUCUACACACCCUUCUCAAUGACUUCAAAGCCUAAAUAAAUGAAGUCAGUGGAAAGUCACACCUAACUCUCAAUCAGGGAUUUAGAUCACUCUAGCAUCAACAUCAGGGAUUCUCAAACGUUAUAGAGCACACAGAUCCUUAGGGCGGGGGCAUCUUGUUAAAAUGCAGGUUUUGAUUCCACGGGUCUGGAGAGGGACCCAGG